GUGAUCAAUGGUCAGUCGUCGGUCACCACCGUUCAACAAACUAUCACACUUGCAACAACCAAAGCAGCUGCAGCAACAGAUAGCAAUCGCUCAACAAGGCUGAUAAUAGUAUUAUCACAUCGUCCGCCACCUGUUAGCACGAUGAAGGGUUUGUUGUACGCGGUUUGCGCGAUCGGUCUGUGCGCUCACGCGUUCGCCACCGAAGAAGCGAAGAAGGACUCAGUCAAGGCAGCGGAACCUAAGGCGGCGGUGGCUGCAGACUCCAGCAAGGGCAAGAGACACCUUUCGUCAUUCGGUUAUGGCGGUUAUGAGUCGGACGGUGGAUUCGAAUCUUACGGCAGCGCCGGUUACGGAAGCGCCGGUUACGGUUACGCCGCUCACGACAUCGGUUACCACGGUCACGCUCAAUUGUUGUCCAAGACCAUCGUCAAGGAGGUCGGACACCCUUACCCCGUGCCCGUCGAGAAGCACGUGCCAUACCCAGUCAAGGUAGCAGUGCCCGUUGACCGCCCAUACCCAGUCCAUGUACCCCGCCCAUACGCCGUGCACGUUGAGAAACCAGUGCCAUACGCAGUCAAAGUGCCAGUGCCACAGCCGUACGCAGUCUACAAGGAGGUGCCAUACCCAGUCAAAGUGCCCGUCGACAGACCAUACACCGUCCAUGUGCCAAAGCCAUACCAAGUAGUCGUAGAGAAGCACGUCCCAUACCCAGUCGAGAAGCAUGUCCCAUACCCAGUCAAGGUUCCAGUUGACCGCCCAUACCCAGUCCAUGUACCAGUCGAGAAGCACGUCCCAUACCCAGUCGAGAAACACGUCCCAUACCCAGUCCAUGUACCCGUCGACCGCCCAUACCCAGUGACAGUCGAGAAGCAUGUCCCAUACCCAGUCGACAAGCCCGUCCCAUACGCCGUCGAGAAGCACGUCCCAUACCCAGUCAAGGUACCAGUCAAGGUCGAGGUGCCAGUGCCAUACGAAGUCCCAAGCCACGACGAAUACCACGGUAGCAGCGCAUACGAAAGCAGCUCAUAUGGCAACUCAUACGGACCGUCCCACGGUAGCUCUUCAUACAGCAACUCGUACGGACCUUCCUACAGCAGCGGCUCUUACGGACCAUCAUCCUACAGCAGCGGCUCUUACGGACCAUCAUCGUACAGCAGUGCCUCUUACGGACCAUCCCACGGUAUCUCUUCGUACAGCAGCUCAUACGGACCAUCCCACGGAUCGUCUUCCUACGGAUCGUCUCACGGCAGCUCGUACUGAUAUCAAAAGCUCCAGUCAUAAUAUAUUUUAUAGGUUAGGUUACCGUGUUUCGCUGCCCUCGCGAACAAAGCCAUUCGCGACUGUCGGCGACAGCAUCACCAACGAAACAAUCAAAAUCUAGGUAUAUUUUUUUUUUAGUUAAGUGACAUUGCAAUCAAUAUUCUACCAUCAGUAUAGUACCAUAAAAUAUAUACAACAUGUCAACAUUAUGUCAUUAUUUGUCUGUU